AUGGGGGUAGAAGAAGAGGAAGAACCUGAGAAAACAGAUGCAGCUUUGGUUGUAAUAGAGGAGACCAAGGUUGAAGAAAUAGGGGAAUUGCUAGGCAUUUCAUUACAUGCCAUAGCAGGUAUUGAGGAAGAAGAGCACAUUAACCAGCAUAAUUGGUGGUCAUCUGAAGGCUUAUGGCUUCAAGUUUUGGAUGCAACUACAUUGGACUCUAAGGAGGUUGUUUUACCAGGAGUAAAGCAAAUGUUGGAAAAUUUUCAGGGUAUUUUCAUUGAACCUACGCCCCCUCUUAAGAGCUAUGAUCACAAAAUGCAGCUGCAGGAAGGAGCCAAGCCUACUUGUGUUCACAGGAUAUUAACAUGGAUUUCAUUGAAUGGUUGCCUCAUUCACCAAUUGAGCAAAUAUGGACAUUUCAUGGCCAUCACCCAUCCAUACAUUGCUAUGACCGUAGCAAGAGCCUUCAUGGAAAAUGCUUUCAAAUUACAUGGGUUCCCACAAACAAUUGUUAGUGAUAGAGAUCUAGUGUUCACAAGUCAUUUCUGGAAGGAGCUAUUAAAAAUUUGUGGCACAAAUGUUUUACUCAGCACAACAUAUCAUCCCCAAACUGAUGGCCAGAUUGAGGCCACGAAUAAGGAAGCACAGUCAAAGAUGAAGUUCUUCGCAGAUCUGAAGUGGACGGACAAAGAAUACAAAGAGGUAGACUUUGUUUACCUCAUGAUGUGUCCCUAUAGGCAAUUGUUAGUGGCCAUGUGCCGGAAUCUUAAGAUUGUGCUACAGUACUAUGGUCCUUUCAAGAUCAUAUGGCGAGUUGGAAAAGUUGUGUAUGAGCUUGAUUUACCUCCCAAAUCUUGCAUCUAUCCUAUCUUUCACAUCUUGUGUCUUAAGAGAAAGCUAGGGAAUGGGAUUCAACCUAACGCUAAUCUACCGAUUGUGACUCGAGAGGGAGCCAUUGCUCCAAAACUAGAGAAGAUUCUGCAGAUAAGACUUAAGCAAAGAGGAAACACGGCUAACGUAGACGUGUUGGUACAAUGGUGUAGAAAGGGUGAGGAAGAUGCGACUUGGGAGGAUCUCUCCACUCUGCAAUGA